CUUCCGAAGUGAACCAGCUAGCUUGUUUUGUGCGAGGAAGAAAGGGUUUCAGCUGCUGCAGCAGCAGCUGAGAAGAAAAGUGUUUUUCUUAGUCUAAAUGCCCAAGCUUGGGGUGAUUUAGUUUCGUGAACGCACUGGAGAAGGAUUACUUGCGUGGAUUGGGGCGAAAAGUGAACGAUUUCAUGGAUUUCGGGACGAACAGUGUGACCUAAUCGCGGUGGUAUCGAUUUGAAGGUGAAAGUGUUUUUUUUUUGUGGUGAAGUUUGAAUCGGGUAGUGGGGGCGAAAUAAACAAACAUUUCCUGGUUGAGUUAGCGGAUUAUUACAGCUGCUACUGCUGCUGUUGCUGUUUGGAAAUAGCUCAACAAACCAAAGCAGGAAACCACCAAGGAAGCGAAAUGUGCUGAAGCUAGAAGCCGCAAGCUGGUGAGAACAUGGAGCACAAGGGUCGCAAUUCGCUGGCCAUCGGAAUCGAUUUCGGAACCAGCUUCUCGAGUGUGGGUGUGUAUCGCUGCGGUAAGUUCGAGAUAAUCACCAAUGCGUCGGCAAGCCACCGGAUCCCAUCCUGCGUGGCAUAUACCGACAAGGAGCGGUUGGUGGGUGAGGACGCGUUAGCGCAAGCCGAUCGGGAUCCUGGCAAUGCGGUGCUGAAUGUGAAACGGAUGCUGGGUGGGGAUAAACAAAGGAAGCUGCAGGUACAAUUCAAGGGCGAAACCAAAGGUUACCAUCCGGAGGAAAUAUGCGGAGUGAUGCUGGCCAAUUUGAAAUCGAUGGCCGAGCGGAAGCUCGGGCAAGUGGUGGGUUCGGCAGUGAUUACGGUGCCGGCGGGAUUCACCGAUGGGCAGAGGCAAGCCAUGCUGGAUGCUGCGGCGAUAGCCGGAAUCAAUGUGCUGAGGCUGGUUAAUGAGCCCACGGCGGCGGCAAUCUCGUUUGGGAUCAACAAAAAAGUGAUCGGUGAACAGUUUGUGUUGGUUUGUUCGCUGGGCGGAGGCUACCUGGAUGUGACCAUUCUGACAAUCUACAACGGGGUGUUCCAGGUGAAGGCCACAUCCGGUGACACUCAGCUGGGUGGGACGGAUUUUGAUGACCGAUUUUUAGCGCAUUUCUGCAAGGAAUUCAACCGAAUACACUCGCGUGACAUUUCCUCGUGUAAGACGGCUUUGAGGAGACUUCGGAAAGCGUGUGAACAAGCCAAACGGACACUUUCCUACACCAAUCGGGCGACAAUCGAGAUCGAAGAUCUCUUCGAGGGGCAAUCGUUUUCUUCCAUUCUGAGCCGCGAAUUGUUCGAUGAGUUGACCCGGGAUCUGUCGGAUAAGGUUAUGCUUCACGUGGAGACGGCACUGCGCAGAGCGAGGAAGGAUCGAUUUGCCAUCCACGAAAUAAUGCUGGUGGGAGAGUCCUCCCGGAUACCGAAGGUGCAGGUGAUGUUGAGUGAGUUCUUCGACCGUCGAUCGCUUUGCAGUUCCAUCAAUUCGGACGAAGCGGUUGUCGUGGGGGCAUCGAUUGCGGCGGCUAUUUUGAGUGGGGAACAAUCGGCGGAGAUACAGGACUUGCUGUGGCUGGAUUUGGUGCCGCGAUCGAUUGCCCUAGUGUCGGAAAGUGCGAUCGAAGGUUCACCAAGGAUAUUGAUCAGUAGAAAUUCGACGGUUCCCUUAAAGGUGAAGCAUCGAGUGAAGAGUUUUCGUGAAGCACAACUGCUGUACGAAGGGGAAAGUGCCAUUGUUAGUGAUAAUGUGAUGCUGGGGAAGUUGAUAAUCGAGGGGUCAUUUGGGGAUAUCGAAGACGUGGGGCUGUUGUUCAGCACCGACACGAACGGAGUGCUCCACGCCGUUGUCGAGGGGAACAUUGAGCUGAAAGCCACCCUGGACAAAGGAAGACUUGAGAGAUUCGAAAUCGAUAGGAUCGUUUACGAACACAAAAAGGUUCUGCUGGAAGCCGAAAAGCAGGAGAAAGAUGCAGAAGAGCAAGAAUCGCCAAAGGAAACGAUUACUAGCUUGAAACCGCUUGAUUUAGAUGAAAAAUUUGGUACCUGGGAUCGAUUCAGCGAAUGGCUUCACUGUAUUUGUAUAGUAACGUUUGAUCUGGAGCUUGGCCAAGCCAUGGAAUUAAUCUACCCAAAACAUGUUACACUCACCGAGCAGGAGAAAAUGAAUAUCUGCUAUUUGGCAUUUCCGGACUCCAAUUCCGGCUGCAUGGGAGAUUCCCAGUUCCACAUUAGGUUACGAGUUUCGCCCGGGUCAGAAUCUUCUGCGCUUCGCAAGGAGCAUUUCGACUUCAACUGCCAUUGCCUACCGGUGCAUCGGGCCGAUCCCGGACACUUCUGGGGGUUCGUGUACUUCCGCCAGAUCAAAGAUGCCACCCUGAAGCGAGGUUACUUCCAGAAAAGCUUAGUUCUACUCAGUCGCCUUCCGUUCGUCAAUCUGUUCUAUGAAAUUUGUUCCUUGAUCGCUCCCUCGUUCUUCGCCAGCGGCGAGCCAACGCUGGAAGCCGUCUGUGACAAUAUUUGCCACUGGCCAUCCCUGAUGGCGGGUGAGAAUCUUUCCCUGCACAUUCUAGGCAGCGUUUACGAGGUUGCUUUACCAAAACAAAACACCAAAACACCCAUCAAUGAAAAAAUCAAAUCCGACACUCCAACAUCUCCGGGCUCGCAAGCUCAAAUAAUCGCAUCGGUCCACGAGAUCGACAUCUUCAAGAGUCUCCAGUUUUUCCUGCCACACAUUUAUCUGCUCUGGGAGCUUGUCCUCACCGGUGAACCCAUUGUCGUGACCGGCGCCUCGCCAACCGAUUGCGCCCACAUGGUCCAAACCCUCAUGAGCCUGAUCAGCCCACUGUCGUACUGCGCCGAGAGUCGCCCCUACUUCACCAUCCACGACACCGAAUUCAAAGAGUUCACCCAAAGCAAAACCGCCGGUCACCCACCGAUCAUUCUCGGCGUAACGAAUCCCUUCUUCGCGAAAACCCUCCAACACUGGCCGCACACAAUUCGCCUGCAGGACAGCGUCGAAAGCCAACUGCAGCAAAAGCAAAAACAAUCACCCCUUCCCAGUGGCGGCUGCGCGUCUUCGACCUCAACUUCCUCCGACGCAUCGAGCACUCCCCAAUCUAAGCUGUCCAAAAUCAAACAAAUCACCAACAAACUCCUGGAUUCGUCCCCCGGGGUCUACACCCAGUACAAACCUUUCGUCUCGAAGGAUAAAGCCUUCAUCAAGAAGAUCCUGCUCGGCAUCAAAACCGAACGCCCCCCGUCAGUACAAUCCGCCCUCCUCCGGCGUCAUCUGCUCGAGCUAACCCAAAGCUUCAUGAUCCCGCUCGAGCGCUACCUGGCCUCGCUGAUGCCCCUCCAGAAAGACAUCUCACCCUUCAAAUCCGCCCCCCUGCCGAACCCCUUCAAGCAGGAGGACUUCCUGGCCACCCUCGAGGAGUGUGGCCCCCAGCUGACCUCCACCUGCAAGGGUGACUGGGAGGGACUCUACCGGCGGUUCUUCUCCUCGCCCAACUUCAAGGGGUGGUACGAGACGCGGUAUCACGAACUCCAGCAGACGCUCCAAGCACUGCACAUGCAGACCCUGUCCGAGUCCAAUCUGACCGAUUGGGUCAAGGGUAAGCACGAGGUCGAGAUCGUCGAUAUGAUCCUACGGCUGAAGCAGAAGCUGACGCUGUGCAGCAGUGCGCAGAUGAGUGCCCUGCCGGUGCCGCUCAACACCAAGGAUACUCGCGAGCAGCUGCUCCGGCAUCUGGAGAGCAUGAAGCGCUGCCUUCCGAACGAUCUGAAGCAGAUUUUAAACAAUAUCUGAAUAGUUUUUUUAAAGAAAGAUUGUUUUAAUUCUAAAUGAAAUAUACAGCUAAAUAGGGUAAAUAAUAAUAUGAAAGGUUUUUA